AUGGAAAGAAUUUCCCAAUUGCUUAGUAUCAAGCAUGCUAGAAGAUUGUGGGAAGAAGAAGCACCAAUAUUUCUAGAUCACACCUCCAAUAAACCGUUAUGGGAAGCUUAUCAAAAUGAUCUUCAAGAGUUUACUGAAUUGUUGAAUACAACCAAGAUUGAUGCUUCUACUGAACUACCAAAAAGGAUUGAAACUAUAGUAAAAUUCUUAUUAAAGAAAUACAAAGAAAGUUUUAAGGAAAUGAUGAUAUUGCUUUUCAAAUUUUUGCAUAGCUAUAUCAUAAUAGCUGAUCUAAGUGUUACUGAAUUAAAACUCUUACAAGACGCCAUUCGUGAUUUUACUAUGCUGAGAUUUUCCAAAAUCAUUAAUGGAGAUGAUUACAAAAGUAAACCACUAAAUAGUGAAGAAGAGCACUUACUUUACGAUUAUUUACGUUUUGGAUUUGGCUUUAAGAUCUUAAAUUAUAAGCAAGAUGUCCAAAAAAUAAAACCCAACAACCAUCCUGUCGGUCAAAGAAUCAAAAGAAGAAAGUUAAACCCGUUAACCAAGAAAUAUAAUGUUCCAAAUAAGUUCUUUGAAGUGGCUGGAUAUUUUUGUCCAACACAUGUCGACAAUACAGAGCUUGAGGAAGAUAUUAAAUCAUUUGAAUUCCGAGAAGUCUUUAGUCCCGCUUAUAACUACCCCCAGUUAGAACCAAUUGAAGUGACACAAGAAUCAGAAAUUGAGACAUUAAUCCAAAAUGCUAUCACGAAUGCUCGAGGAUUAAUUGUAGAUGAAAAUGGCAACAGUUUUAAAUUAGAGAUUAAAAGGCAAAAAAGGUUACCCUUCAAACUCGGAAAACAUGACCAUCAAAAAGUUACACCUGAUCUAAUAUUGAGUUUCGGAAGCUUGAACAUUCCAUUAGAAGUUAAAUAUUCAGGCUUAGAAAGAGCUUAUUAUGAUUUUAAUCUGUGUAGAGAAAAAACUCGUGUUGGUGCUAAGCCAUUUAUCGAAAUCUAUUCGCAAGGCUUUGCUCAAGCCAUUGCUUCUGAGUCAAACUGCUUUAUCCUUUCAGAUUUUUCUUUUACUAUUUUAUGUGUAAUAGAUGAUCAGGUUCUCCCAACCGAUGCUGUAACUCAUACAAACCUUAGAUCUAUCAGAAGUUCAUGUUUUACAGUUAAUAAUUCUAAUUAUGGAUUUGCAACGAUUAUCAUGGUAAUGAUAAGUUAUUGUUUUAAGCAUAGGUCUCCUAUAAACUUAGAUAAUUUCAGAGAAAAGUUAGUUCCAAAUCAAGAGAGACUCCUGCAAAAAAUCAAUAGCCAAUAUGAUAUAUUUAUAAAGUUUACAACAAAAAUCCAGGAGACACUUUUGCUAGAUGUCAGUUCCCCAAAACACUCUGCGGAUCUUUUAACUUUACCUAAAAGUGGAAACAGUCUUGUUGAAGUUGAAGUUGAAGUUGAUGUGCUUCGUGAAACUCAGAAUAAAUUGAGAGGCUUGGGGGUUGAAGUUUCCCGAAGAGAACUAGGAAGAUUUGGCAAAAUUUAUUUUCACGAAAAUUUCAGAUUGAUAAAUUUUGAGGACUUAAAUAUUUCUAAAAUAAUCAGGGGAAGAUUAAUUCAUCAGAGCUUUUCAACUAUAGCAGUCCUUAACGGUGAAAAUAGUUUAAUUAAACUUUACGAUCCUUGCAGACUUAAGUGGAUUAUUAAUUCAAAUACCGAUUUCUCUAGCUUUCAGGAAAUUCUUAGUGCUGUGUUUUCUAUAUUUAUUAGAGAAGUACUAAGUUACAUCUAUUUAAAAGAUGUAACUUUCAUCCCAAAAUUAAUAAAUUUCGGUUUCAUCCAAAGCCAAUUUAGAGGCUUCAUGAAAAGACUCGAUUUAAAAAAGAGUAUUCCUUUUACUGGCUUUUAUUUGAUUUUAGAAAAAAAGGAUUCACGGCCUUUGAAACAUUACAGAUUGAAUGAACAAAUAGCUAAAUUAGUGGAGACAGCCAUUGAAGAUUUGCAUAGUAAAAAUAUUUCUCAUGGAGAUCUCCAUCCUGAGAAUAUUUUAUUCAAUAAAAAAUUGAAUCAAGUAACCCUUAUAGAUUUCGAAAUGUCCUUCAUUGCCUAUAAUCGUGGGAAUUAUGGUAGAAGGGAAGCACCACUUAAUAAUAAUAGACUUAGAUUACUCCGAAAACGACAAAGACAGGAUUGGAACAAUUAUAAUAAAAUUUUUUUUGGAAUCUACCAUAGACAACUUGAUUAA